GAAAAAGUCGCUACUCUAUGCACACAACGACACACUGUUGUGGUAACUCACUGCUGAAUUGUAUUUGUACAUGUGAAUGGUUAUUCAUUGUUUUGCCGCCAUUGAGUUUCAAAUGGUGAAAUCAUCGAAAAUGCUUCGGAUAUCAAUUCAACAUUCGAACUGUCAAAUACCGUUCGGUCGAUUGAAGUUUUCAACCGAAAUCCAUGUGUUUAUUGUGGCACAUUUCUCAGAACCUUCCGGCAAAAAUCAAAUGAAAACAAACAACACACCAACCGAAAAAUGAGUUUGUUCGGAACAAGAAACGAAACCAAAAAUCUGCGUUAUAAAAAACAGAACGUUGGACGUUUAAAAUGUUUGUGAGAAGAAAAAAAAGUUGAGUUCGCCAUUUCGAUCGAGUGUGCAUUUGUAUCAGUCUGAUUUUAGUUUUGAAUGCGUUCGAUUGUCAACAUAAGCAGAUGCGAAAACAGUACGGUUCAUCAUGGUGUUUUUGGGAGAUUUGCCAGAAUUAUCAGAUAUGAGUUCAGUGUCGUCAUUGGUGUCCAGUUCAGAGGACGAAGAUACAGACUUCGAUCGUGAAUCGGUCUAUGGCCAAUUGAAAUUACCAUGGCAUGAAAAUUAUUGGAACAUAAAAAUCACGCACGUUGUUUCACCGAAUGAAGUGUGGGCGGUACUGACGAUGAAUGCGGAGCUGUUCAUCCGAGCCGAACGAUUUACAUCGCAAUCAAUGCUGACACCAGCUCAAGGUGUACUCGCCGGUGGAGUGUAUAUCGUGAAAAAUGCGGAUGUCGUUCAUCGGGUUCGAGUAGUAAAGACUUUUUGGUUUGGAAAUCGCAUGUACUGCGAUUGUUUCUUCAUUGACAUUGGCCUAUUCGAGACGAUUGCACGCGAUGAAUUGUUCCAUUGUGCGGGCGAAUACGAAAACAUUGCACCACAAGCGAUCUGUUUCAAGUUGUUUGGUUUCGAUGAAUUGUACCAUUGUCCGCACAUCGAGAGCUGCUUCAGUGCUUGGCUACUGAAUAAACAAUUUAUUGGAUGCUUGAUGAUGUCCGAACCACAGUAUCAAGUGCAAUUGAAUCAUGGCAUUAAAAUGCCAAAAGUGUCUAUUACACCGUUCAUUUUUUAUCCGAAAUUCACACUUUACAAACCGAUUUUGCUGAAGCGCAUCGGUGGAUCGUUGCCCAAACCCGCAUUUGUGCUGCACAACGCAGACGAUGACAACAGCAACAGCAACAGCACCAUGUCCAAUGCAAAGGUGUCGCACGUAUCGCCAACUGGUCUUGUUUACUUCAAUUUGGAUGAGCGUAGCACAAACUACAUCGAUACGCUAAUCCAACAGUAUGUGAGCGAAAAUCAACAGCUUACACAUCGACUACGGUAUUCGGAAGCGGCCAAUUGUGUGGUAUUAAUUUAUGACAUCGAACGGAACAUGCAUCAUCGUGCCAAGAUUAUGGGUGUCGAGACUGGAUUGCCGACCAAAUACAAGUGCUAUUACAUGGAUAAAGGUGACACACAGUCGGUGGCAGCAUCAAACAUUUAUGCGCUAAAUGACACAUCGAUUUUGAGCUAUUAUCCAGAUCAAGCCGUGCCAGCCAGACUGCAUUUGAUGCCCACAUUCGAAGACAAUGUGUGCAAGCGGCUCAACGAUAUUUUGACCCACAACAAUGUUAAGGUACAGGUCAAAGUCAUCGAUCAAAAAGGCAACGUACCAACGGUGACUAUCUUCAAAAAUUCGAUGAACAUCAACCAAUUGAUUCGCAUGGAACUCGAACUCUACAGCGAUGCGAUGUCGGCCACUUUUCCGGAUUCGAUGUUCUGAACGCAAUUGGUGCAUGCCAGUAAAGAGCCAAAUAUUUUCUCUGUACCGCGAUCUUUUAGUUCUAAGAACAUUUCGUUUACCACGAUGAAAACAUUGCCGAUUCGAAUCCAUUUCAUUGUGUCGAUUUUAGAUUUUAAGUGAAUCGCAUUUAUCAUAUUCACUGACUUGCACUCGCAACAUUUUAAUGAAAAACAUAAUCAAAAACCUAGCGUAUGUUACGCAACACCUUCAGGAUUUACUUUUUCUCAAAGUAUCAACAAAAAUGUGCCGAAAUUUUAUGUGUGUGAGUUGGUAAAGUCAUUAGAGAUGAUAAAUCUAAUUUUAAUUUAAAAAAAAACCUUGGCAUUAAGACAUUAAUAACACAUCACAGCACAUCAGAUUACGGCAAUACACAACAUUUCUCUGUUGACUUUUAAUUAUUUUAAAACAUUCCAAGCAUUCACCUCUGCGCCAACCAUAUUUAUAUAUAUUUAUUAGUGAUUUAAUAUCAUUUUCUCGAAACUAAUUCGUGGAUCAUUUUCAACCGCACUCAAUCUCGAAAUGUAUUGUUGCGAACGCGAAAAUGUGUUAUCGAAUAGAAACCACCUGAACCUAGAUUAAGAGUAACUUUUCUCAAAAAAUGUGCAGAGAGAGAGAGAGAGAGAGAGAGAGAGGGAGAAUUAAAUUCGAAUUCGCCAGAUAGACUACAUUAUAAGUCGAUCUCCAAAAUGAAAUAAGUUUAAAUUUGAUUUCGCGUGUAACUCUUUCUCGCACGUACUCGUGCUACCUAACCGAUUUUGUGAGUCAUUACAAAUUCUAUUGCAAAGACAUAUAACGAUGUCGGUUGCUCGAGAAAAUACCGAAGUUUCCCACUUUGUGCCGCGCGCGUGGUUGAUUGCUUGACUUAAUGUCAUACAUUAUGCCGUGUAUUUUAAUGAUGAUAAAUGAGUUCACACAUUAUUGUUGCCAUUGUUAUAAUCUCGGUGAGCGAACCAUGAAUUCAUCGCGUUGUCGACGCAAAUACACGCAAACACACGCACGCUCAUUUUUGCCUUGUGCUGCAUGUCAUUUGCCUAUAUAAUAAAUCUACUCACAUUGCAUCUGGGGUAAAUAAUUCAUUGUGAUUUCAACUCACACCUGAUAUUUUGAAAACUCAACGAAAAUUUCGACGCAUUUCGAAAACCUGAGAUAAAAUUAUAAGCUCACAAUCGAAUUCAAGAGCAUUUGAGUUGUUUAUUUAGCGAUUAAAAGAAAUUCCUCCGUUUGUCACGCUGCAAAAGUAAUAUUUUUAAAAUAUUGUGUGACAAAACAAUAGAUCCAAACAUCGCCUGUCGCGAUGUGUUUUUGUUUCAUCACCUAAAUUCACAAAUGCGCACACCUCUUCUACCGGGCGGCCCGCAGAACUUUGAUCGAAAUGAAUUUUAUUGUUUUUAAGUGUUCAACCAAAUCACUGUUCAAAUGAUGUAAACGAAAACGGUGGCAAUGUGACAGAUUAUAGUUAAGCAGAUGAAAUUUGUUCAUAAAUUCUAAAUUUAUUUGGAUGUCGGCAUCACACACACACACACACACACAUACACACCAAAAAUAAUAAAA